GAGCCUAGUAAAAUGUACUUGAGCUUUUCAAGUAGACAUCAUUCAGUUCUCUAGAUAUGUUGCUUGAACUUGCAGCAGAUAAUUUCCUUUCUUAUAUACCUAUAUACAUGUGUUGUAAUUUUUGUCAAAAAUACAGCUUGUAUUUCACAAGUAAAUAUGAACAAGCAGAAAGAUAUCCGUAUUGUAGCUUUUGUAUCGUAUGUUUCGGACUACUUUCAUAUAAUAUGCAUAACCGGAUAGAGCACAUAAAAACUUCAUUCUUUUCUAGUUAAACAUCAACAAACAUAUUUCAUUCGAUAACAACGAAAACAAAACAAAUACACUUACAAAACAACAAACAAACAAAAAAUGUGGAUGUAAAUCUAGAUCUGGGAUUUUGUAUUCGGCUCUCUUAGAUUUUGCAAAAACGGAUCAAACGAGGCGCGAUCGAGCUACUAUUAUAAUAACUCUGUUUUAUUUUUUCUUGCAGUAGACAUUUUCUGUAUUUUAGACACAAUUUAAGGACAGUUUGGUUAGUAAGAAUUAACAAAAUAGUAGCCUUUAACUUGCUUCUUAACAUGUGUAUAAAAUUGGUAUAGUUCAUCUCUCGUCUUAGCUUCCUGGUGAAACAAACCAUAAAAUUGAAUUAUCCAAAUAUUGCUCAUGGUUGUCUAAGAUAGGCGAGUGACAAAAGCAGAUUUUAGAUCAAUAUCUACAGCCGUGGUAUCAAUUCUCGACGUCAAGCAUAGUUCAUCAAUUAGAUUUGCAUAGCCAAAUUUGGAUGCUGCAGAAACAUUUAUUUACAGCUAUUGUUGCAAAAUAGUGCAUAGAAAUAUGGAACUUAUCUAAUAUUUAUGAUAACUAAUGGAAUACAUUGAUCAACGAUCAAUUAGUUGUAACUGUAUUGGUAGCUGCGCGGAUUGGUUAAAAGGAAAAUGUUAGAAUAUAAAAGAAAAGAAAAUAAUUGUAACUUUUUCUGAAAUACUUCAUUAUGUACGACGUCUGUAAAAGAUCGACGUUUGAAAGCGUGGACUUAGAUUUCUCCUAUUGAAACAUUAAUUUAUUGAGAAAUUGGUUUGUUUCGCCUUUGUUAUAGGUGGUUCAUGUAUUUGCUAUGCAGGGAUGUUGCUACAGGAGAUUUUAUUAUGAUAUGCUAGUGUGGAUAUCUUCAGUUCUACGCAAAUACACUGUAAUACGUACAAAUGCCGAAUUUAUUACGCGCAGUAGUUUAUAAAAUGAGAUUUAAAACGAGGAAAUAUUUCAAAAUAUCAACCUUAUGUUGUGGUAUUGUGGUUUUAUUUUAUACACUGUUUCAAAGCAUUAACAGGAACAUAUUUAAACCAGAAUUUCUGUCGGAAAAUGACACAUUAAGUCAGCAGUUUUCUCUAAGAAGUAUUCACGUUCGUAGAAUAAAUGACUCAACAUUAGACAACCACAGUGUCGACGAAUGGAACUUGGAUAAUCAUGGUUUUAAUGUUGUAAGCACGUGUAAACAAACUUUAUUCCCAUUUCACCUCGCACGAAAAAACUCUUGGAGUGCAACGGACAGUAACAAAACGGCUUAUGUAUUUUCUGCGUACCUUUUCGACACGAACAAAACUGUAAUAAUUGGAAUAAAGACGGCAGGUUCCUCAAAGUUCUACUGCCAAUUUUGGUAUCAAAGUCCUCAUAAUCAAAACGUGAAGAUGAAGUCAAAAUUGGCAAAAAUAAUAACAAUAUCCGAGGGGCUUGGUUUAAGAUAUACGGCUCUAUUGUUCCAGUGCAUGCUGCCACAGUCAAGUGCCUUUCCAACACAUGUUUCCAUAGUAAGCGAACGCUGUGAAACACCGAUGAACUUGAUCGAUAUUCAGUUCUUGAGAAGCCCAUUUGCUAACAAGCAUAGGUUCACAGUUUGUCUUACACCACUUAAUUUUCGAUAUAAUCGUGAUUAUGAAAUACUAGAAUGGAUAGAACUAAAUAGAAUUCUUGGAGCAGACAAAUUCAUUGUUUACAAUUAUUCUUCCACCAUUAAUGUAGCACAUGUGCUAGAGUACUACUCAAAACGAGGCUUAACGGAAGUAGUGCAAUGGAACUUACCGGUAGGUGUAGAUACAUGGCCGAGAGAAAACAAAUCGGUCGAAAUACAUUAUUUUGGUCAGGUAGCUGCACUACAAGAUUGUCUUUAUAGGAAUAAGGGUGUCUCGGAAUUUAUUGUAAAUCUCGAUGUAGAUGAAUUUAUUAUUCCACAUGGUAAAAAUGUAACGACAUGGUCUGAUAUGUUAAGACAGCUGAAGCACGAUUCAAUAGUGUAUAUGUUUAGAAAUACAUUCUUUAAAAAGGAAUGGAACAAUACAGGCAUUGAAAUACACAAUAAAUCGUUAGUGGAUAAACUACGACUUGUAACACUUCGGAAACUGCAGCAUGAAAGGAAGUUGUCUCUACCAAAACAAAGGUCGAAAUAUUUUGCAAAAACUGCUGGGGUGUCUAAGGUGAUGAUACAUGAAGUUCCAGAAGUGACAAACCUGGUAGUUCCUAUAAACAUCGGACUUCUUCAUCAUUACAGAAACUGGGAAACUUUAAAUGACCCUCCACAGGCUAAGGUCUUGGAUAAAACUGUGCCUGAUAAAUUUAGUGAAAGUUUGAUUAAGAAUGUACUAAAGGUUAGGUCAGAUCUACAGCAAUCACCGAAAGGAAUACAAUGUUCGAAAUAGUGUUACAUGAACCAGCCUAAAAUGUAAGCCGGUUUGCAACUUUGGAAGCUGUUAUAGUAUGUGCCUCGGAAUAGAAAGAAAUGUUAGUGUCUAAUAUUUUCCAUUAAUUCAAAGUUUAAUGCAGUGUAAGAUAAUAAAAAGGUAAAUGAAUACUGUUUAACGUGUCUUAAUAACUACCUGUAUUAAGACUUCACUUGCCUAAAGUAGCCAGUCAAGUAAGUUUCCAACUGGACUUUUGAUUCUCAGUUCAACUUGUCUUAAACAGCCAUCUGUCUUAAAUAGCCAGAUUGUAAUAUUACCACCUCGGCUGGCUGCUUAGUACGUGGUUUACUGUAAGAUGCGGCUGAGAAACAAGAACUAUAGUCUACAUUAUUGUCCUAAGAUUAUUAUCAAUAAAUAUCAGUUAAGAUAAUUUCCAGCUAUUCAUAGAAAAUAAAACAGUACUGUAAAUUCAAAAAUUCAAAAUUACCAUAAUAGGUAUGAAAAAAUUUAAACUACUUUUAAUUUAUAGCCUCUAACUGUUAUUCUUUUCUUUGAUUUUAAUUUUUCUAUGCAAUACUGAAGGUACAGAAUUUAAGCAAAAGUUAUGACACUGUUUACAAUACACUGGAUUGAAUAAUUUACCCCAGACUUUACAAACAAAUGGUGUGAAAAUGUGUAAGUGGUGAAAAGGGUGUUGUUAUUAGAGAAAAUUGGGACAGUUCUUAAAACGUUUCAUCAGACAAUUGAAAUUUAGGUGAAAAAAUCCAUCAUUGAAAGUAUACUUUUAUGUGUAUGUUUUAUUUUACAUGACGUGUAUAAAACUUUUCAGAUCUUUAAUGAUAUAAGAUGAUCGAACAAUCAAAUACUUUUGAAUUGUG